AUGUGUGUGUGGUGUCAACGGGUUCGCGAGUUGAUUGUUGAGGUGUUCGUGUCGACCAAUAGCAAACCAAACGCUCAUCGAAUGCAUGCAUUGAAUGCGGAAAACCACAUAAAACAUGGUAAGCUAUUUGCGGACCCAUUCCUCCGCAUAUCACUGGCCAUCGCGAUGUCCAACCCUUUCGGCGACUCCGACGACGAUGAGAGCGCCGGUCGCUCGGACGAGGCGGCCGUCAAGGAGGGCCUCUUGUGUCCCGUUUGCCUCCAAGACCUCAAGACGAUCACCGAUUUGAAGGAUCACUUCGACGCGAACCACAAGAAUGAGUUCAUAUCGUCGGCCAAUCACAGCAGCAAACAACAGAUCGGUUCCCAACUGAAAGGGCUCAUCAACAAGACGAAGAAGAUCCUGAAGAAUGAUGCCGUGGAUGAGACACAGGAGCCGUCAUCGGUGGCCAACGCAAACCCCGGCUACUCAUACGUCGACCACUGGAGGCGCCAAAUGACUAUAGGUGAGACACGCAAUCACUUCGACCACUUCCGACGGAUCCGAGACUCGCGUAUCGAGCGCUAUGUUAUGGAAACCAAUAAACUGCUCAUCAGAUUAGAUAAACUGAUUACCGAUGCGCCCAAAGAGCCGGAGAAGCGUAAACUCCACGAGAAGACAGUGGUCUUGUGGGCCAAUGAUGAUGACGUCCGGCUGUGUCCGAACUGCGCCAAGAGUUUCAAUCUUAGCCGCCGUCGACACCAUUGCCGACUCUGCGGUGGGAUUAUGUGUCACAACUGUUCCCAGUUUUUGGACUUUGUUUACGCGCGCAAAAUCAUUAGUCCCACGAAUUUAGAGGAGAGUAGCCUAUCGUUGCUGCCGAAGACAAACCUUAGCCGUCGAGGAAGUAGUAGUAGUUUGCUGUCGAUUGUCAACUCGAGUGGCGAUCCGCACAUCAGAGUCUGCGGCGACUGUAAGACACUGUUAGACCGGAGGGACCGGCAGAUCGAGGACAACACG